UGUGUCUAGGACUGGGCUUCUUGGAGGUUGGAAACUUAGCGGCUCCAGGUGUGGUGGGGUCCUGAGGGAGCAAUGGAGGCGAAGAGGGAUCUGAGGGAAUACACCUGGUGCCUUCUUCACUUGCCUGAAAAGGAAAGGCUUUCUUGGCCUGAGUCUCAGCCCUGGCUAGAAGAGAGAGUAAUGAAUGGGUGGGGGAAGAUCCCAGGCUUUGGUUUGUUCGUCAUCUUGAGGGCUCGCCGGAGGCACUGCUGCCUUAAUGCCGAUUCCCCGGGUUCCAGAGAACUCCACCCAUAAUCUUUGUCUCGGGAAGACUGAUCAUCCACUCUCCUAAAGGUGGUUGUCCGAUGGACUGAUUCAGAAAGGAACAAGGCUGGUUAUUAAUAGAAGGGGAAAGAGGGAGAUGCCUCACCACUCUGCUCAGGAUAUACAUCAAAUAUUGAGAAGAAAGAACAUCAGGAGCUAAAUGUUCUAUUUAAGCCAGUAGUUGCUGCUCAGAAAAUACAUAAAUAUGCAGACCCUAAGUCAGUGGUUUAUAUGUCCUUCAUGCAAGAGCAAUGCACUAAAGGAGAGAAGUAAGCUGCAUUGAUCAGUGACUUUGGUGAAGAUUAAGAAAGUUGAAACGAAUUUGCUGAUGAUAUACAGCUUCUAAGCAUUCUGCAUUGGAAGAAGAGAUUUUUAUAGAUGAAAAAGAUGCCUUUGUUUAGUAAAUCACACAAAAAUCCAGCAGAAAUUGUGAAAGCUCUGAAAGACAACUUGGCCAUUUUGGAAAAGCAAGACAAAAAAACAGACAAGGCUUCUGAGGAAGUGUCGAAGUCACUGCAAGCAAUGAAAGAAAUUCUGUGUGGGACAAAUGACAAGGAGCCUCCCACAGAAGUCGUGGCUCAGCUUGCACAAGAGCUCUAUAACAGUGGCCUGCUGGUGACAUUGAUUGCUGACCUACAGCUGAUAGACUUUGAGGGAAAAAAAGAUGUGACCCAGAUAUUUAACAACAUCCUGAGAAGACAGAUCGGCACUCGGAGUCCCACUGUGGAGUAUAUUAGUGCUCAUCCUCAUAUCCUGUUUAUGCUCCUCAAAGGGUAUGAAACCCCACAGAUCGCCUUACGUUGUGGGAUUAUGCUGAGAGAAUGUAUCCGAUACGAACCACUUGCCAAAAUCAUCCUCUUUUCUAAUCAGUUCCGAGAUUUCUUUAAGUAUGUGGAAUUGUCAACGUUUGAUAUUGCUUCAGAUGCCUUUGCUACUUUUAAGGAUUUACUAACAAGACACAAAGUGUUGGUUGCAGACUUCUUAGAACAAAAUUAUGACACUAUUUUUGAAGACUAUGAGAAAUUGCUUCAGUCUGAGAAUUAUGUGACUAAGAGACAAUCUUUAAAGCUGCUAGGUGAACUGAUCCUGGACCGACACAACUUUGCCAUUAUGACAAAGUAUAUCAGCAAGGCGGAGAACCUCAAACUGAUGAUGAACCUCCUUCGAGAUAAAAGUCCCAACAUUCAGUUUGAAGCCUUCCAUGUCUUUAAGGUGUUUGUGGCCAGUCCUCACAAAACCCAGCCUAUCGUGGAGAUUCUGUUAAAAAAUCAACCCAAACUCAUUGAGUUUCUGAGCAGCUUCCAAAAGGAAAGGACGGAUGAUGAGCAGUUCACCGAUGAGAAGAACUACCUGAUUAAACAGAUCCGGGACUUGAAGAAAACCACCCCGUGAGGGGCACACCCACCCUCCUGCCACAGUCCCCGUAUAAUUUGUUCAGUGUGUACAGAAAGUGUCAUUUUAAAAAGUCAUUGUUCUUGGGAAGGUUUUGGAGGUGCCUGUUUUUUUCUCAAUUCAUUGAUCAGAGUAGAUGGAAUAUAAACAUUUGAAUGAAGAAUGAUUAACCUAGAAUAAUGUCUUCAUUUGAAUCAAGUCUGGGAUGAUUUAUUUGAAAUCAGAGCCAAUGUAUUAGACAUUGAUAAAAAGUUUUAACCCUUGACAAAAGCUUGCAGACUGGAGCCGUGGGUCACCAUAGGCCACCGAGUAGAAGCUCAAAGCGUCACUGAGCCCUCAAAAUUAAGUUCUCAGAGGAGAACUGGCACUGGGGCGAGAGGCGCAAAUCCCGCCUAUGUGCACUCGGACACUCAGUUUUGUCAAGGCGCUGAGAGAGCUGGUGAAACAAGGCCCCUGUGUUCAGUUGUCACACGUCCUUGUUCCCCGCCCGUGUGUUUGCACCGUAGCUAGCCUGCCAGGGAAGCACGGCCUCCUCUCCCGCCCCGUCCAGGGCCCCGUCCAGUGGCUCCCCUCAGCACCCCGCUUCCUGGCACGCCCCCUGCAACCUCCCGCCCGGUUAGCGGUUAGUGGGGGACCCGCUCGGAGGAUGGGUCAACAAGGGUCACGGGGACUUGGGGACCUGCAGGUAGGACCUGCUCACAGACGGUGAAGCGGGAGGCACUGCGGUUUCACACUGAUGCCUGGAGGGCUAGGGGAUGUUUGGAAUAGCUAGCCUGUUCCUCACUGUCAUUAUGGGAACAUUUUUUGUGGUGAAAGUUGUUUAGAGAAGGAAUCACGCAUCGGGAUCCCUGGCGUGUACAAAACCGUGGGUCCAGAGGGCUAGACCACUUUUAUAAAUGAGGGACCGUGCCACUGGAAGGGCAAAUGAUUAAAUGUGUGCAAAAACUCUCGUGACCGAAAGUUCUCGCUCUCUAUCUUUAUAAUUACUUUCUAAUUAGCUGUCACUCUGCUUUCCCAUCACACCUUUCAGCGACAAGGUAGAAAACCUACAAACCUUUGGUCUCAAAUAUUCUCUUGCAUUCCUGCAAGAGUCCAUGAUUAAAGGACUUAAUUUGUGCUCUUUAAAAAGAGGCAUGGACCAACAACAAAAAGGUUAUGGUUUGUUUUCAGACCUCACAUGUGUAAAAUGAAGCCCUAAAACUAGAGUUGCAAGACAUUAAGGGUAUAAUUAUUAAUCUGUAUUUUUUCAUAAUUAUGUUUCCAAAUCCUGAGUGGUCACCUUCCAUCAGGACCUGCGCCAUGUUCUUCGCCCAGGCAUUUCUCCACCAGAGAGGGAUGCCUCUCCAGGGAUCCUCCUCCGGGACCAGCGCCCUCGGUCGCUUUUGUAUGUGAAGGAUUACCUGCCAGGGGUCCACCCUUCUUGGCACGGGCGCAGAUCCCUGCGGUUCGGGGUUCGGGGCCCAGAGCGGAGUCCUGAGGCCAAUGGGGCGGGGCCUGCGAGAUCCCUGCAGCAGCUGCGGCCUAAGCCAGCGGACGGCCAGCCGGCACUUGAGGACCUUGGUUUUUUGGCCACUGAAGUCAGAUUAUUUUUAUAACACUCCCUGACAGUCCAGGCUCUCUUAGAGUUUGACUUUUCUGAUUUUGCUUUUUAAAUUAAAAGUGAGGACUGUAAAUAUUCAAAAAGAGAGAGAAGGCACAAUAAUCAUUGGAAAUUUGUUUGGUUGCUAAUGCUGUUCCACAACAUCUUAGGAAACAUGUGUCCAUUUGGAAAGCAAGGCCCUGUUGUAAUUCGUUUUUGAUAAAACGUUUUAUUUCCUCUGGGCCUAAAUUAGCUCUUGGCCAACAAGCACUUACCCUAGAUCAGUACCUGUCAGACAGAAAACUAGAGCCGAAGAGGACAUGAAUGAAGUAGCUGGGGUUUUGUGUGGGACAAAUUUGUAAAUUAUGAAUGUGAAAGGGGGGAACAAGAAGCCUACAGUCAAAAUAUGUUUGCACAAAAUUCACUGUAAAUAUUCUGAGAAUUGAACUUUGAGAAGGUCCUAUUUAAUGAGCUAUUUCAAAACACACAUUUAAAUACCGACUAAAUAAAAAGGUGCCACACA